GGGCUGGAUUGUGGACUGCUGGAGACUCCAGGGGGGCAGCAGGGUAUGUGUGUGUGCCUGUGAGUGUGUUUGAGGCUCGUCGAGCAGCAGGGGCAACUUGAAAACUUCACUGCGUUCAGCGAAGGAGGUCUGGGAUCCGAGAUUUGGCGAUUGGGAGCCGAAUCUGCUGCUUCCAGUCCAGCUGUGAUCGACAGAGGAGGACCGGUCCGGUUCUCAGCAUUGGAACGAUUUCCGGCCAACAUGGAUGAUUUAGAUGCUUUGUUGGCGGACCUUGAGUCCACAACAUCCCACAUUUCCAAGCGCCCGCUCUUUCUGUCUGACGAGACCGCCUACGCCUUCCCUGUUGGGGGUCAGAUCCAGCAGGACAUCUGCUCUCCACCCCAUGUGCCACCCACUCCUUCUGAGCAAAACGGACUAGAUGAAACAGAGUCUUUCAGCUCAGCUCAGAGAAGUCCCUGGUCCAGAGACAGCAGCAGUCCAACCCAACCCAUAGGUGAAGAGGACCACGUAUACAGUUUCCCUAAUAAGCAGAAGAGUAGUGAGUCAUCAGCUGUUGCCAUGAACUCAUCCUUGGGCAGCAACCUGUCUGAGCUGGACCGCCUGCUGCUGGAGCUCAACGCUGUCCAGCAAAGCACCCCUGCCUUCGCCACAGAAGAAGAAGCAGCUCCCCCACUGCCUGCCAGCAGUGUCAUCCACCACAUCCAGGAGAAUGGAGUCUCUACUGCAGGCAAGGUUGCUCCACCCACAAUGGAGAAGCCCAAACGCAGUACAGCAGCUCGAGGAAUAGAGGAUGUACGACCAAGUGUAGAGAGCCUUCUGGAUGAGCUGGAAAGUUCUGUGCCCUCACCCAUUCCCACACCGCUGGUUGUGUCAGACGAACAAACGGGUGGACUAGAGGAAACCCCAGCACAGCAGCAAGCCAGAAUGUCUGCCUCCUCUGCCACACGAGAGCUGGAUGAGCUAAUGGCCUCCCUGUCUGACUUCAAAGUCCAAAGCAACAUCCAGUCCCAGGGAAAGACUUCUCCCACCGGUCCCCCCAAACCAGCCAACAAGCUGGACAACAUGCUGGGAAGCCUCCAGUCCGACCUCAACAGACUCGGAGUCCAGACGGUGGCUAAAGGUGUCUGUGGAGCCUGCAAGAAACCCAUUGUUGGACAGGUGGUGACUGCCAUGGGCAGAACGUGGCACCCCGAGCACUUUGUGUGUACCCACUGCCAGGAGGAGAUUGGCUCCAGGAACUUCUUUGAGCGUGAGGGGCAGCCUUACUGUGAGAAAGACUACCACAACCUGUUCUCACCGCGAUGCCACUACUGUAAUGGACCCAUACUGGAUAAAGUAGUGACUGCUUUGGACAAGACCUGGCAUCCAGAGCACUUCUUCUGUGCCCAGUGUGGAGCCUUUUUCGGACCAGAAGGGUUCCAUGAGAAGGAUGGAAAGGCGUUCUGCAGAAAGGACUACUUUGACAUGUUUGCACCUAAAUGUGGUGGCUGUGCCCGUGCCAUCCUGGAGAACUACAUCUCUGCUCUCAACUCACUCUGGCACCCCGAAUGCUUCGUCUGCAGGGAGUGCUUCACGCCGUUCGUAAACGGCAGCUUCUUUGACCACGAGGGCCAGCCGUACUGUGAGGCGCACUACCACGAGCGGCGUGGCUCGCUGUGCUCUGGCUGCCAGAAGCCCAUCACCGGUCGCUGCAUCACAGCCAUGGGCAAGAAGUUCCACCCAGAGCACUUAGUGUGCGCUUUCUGCCUCAAGCAGCUGAACAAAGGCACCUUCAAGGAGCAGAACGACAAGCCCUACUGCCAAGGCUGCUUUGUUAAACUCUUUAGUUAGACUGUGUUUUUGUGUAUAAAUGUGUGUGUGUGUGUCCGCGCAUCUACACAUUUAUUUACAUGUCUGAAUGCACACGUGGAUGUGUGUGCACUCACAUGUCUAAGCAUGUAUGAGUCAGUGAAGUGGUUUUUGAAAGUGAGGGCGUUGAUGGGCUAGUGAAUCACAUCAUAAGGGUGAGAAAUUAUGAUACUAUUGAUCUUUGACAGUGAAGGGACUUCCCUGGCUCUCCAACCUCUCAGGCUUGGCAUUUCACACUUUUGCUAAAGACAUUUUAACAAAGCCCAAAGAGAUUUUUAUUUCAAGUUUUCCUGUGUGCAGCAACGAAAAUACGUUAAUGUUCCCUUGUGCGUGUGUACAUAUAUUAGCAUAAAAGGGUUGAAUUAAGAGCCCUGAUUUGUAAAUGAUAUUAUCCCCCCAUUGCAGGGCAAGACCUUGCACCAUAUGGUGGUUUUAGGCAGAUAUGAGACUGCUGCUUGAUUGCAUGGACCAUGGAGAGUUGAAUUAAGCAGUUUUGAAAUGUGUUGAGUGUUACCCAGUGAUUGGCCAAUGAGUGUGGGAAUAAUCUAUGGAAAAGAUGUAUUUUUCUAGCUUUGGAAACUAUUGAGGUGCCAUUUAAAAUAACCGUGAAAACACAUGUACACACACAGAACUCUUCCUUCCUCUUCAUUUCUUUUAAAUACCAGUUCAGAGUCUUUGCACACUCCAACCACUCAGAUCUCUUGACGAGACCGUCUUAAGGUGCAUUUUACAGGCGUCGGCAAGAUACUAGCCAGUCCUUAUUUUUCUACUGUUUUACUAUGAAAAUGUACCCAGAUUUUUGCUCAGUUUCAGCAUACAUUACAUUCACAUUUGUGCUCUUGUUAACAUCAUUGUGUCCCAUCGGCAGUGACGUCAAUCAUCGGAAAGUAACCAUAUUGAACUUUUUUUUUCCCCUGUAGCAACUUGGAUCUUCCCUGCUGCAAAGUGUUUGUCAUUUACAUUAAUAAUGUUCAAAUAAAACAAAACGUUUGCGACUCACGCUGACAAGAAUUAGGUCAAUAAGAAUAUUAUAUGUACUAUGGUUGUUAAUGUUGAACUUAUGGUGCAGUUUAAGCCAAAACAAAGUUUAUUGUCUUUACUCUAGUUUAAAAGUGGAGAUUUUACUGCUGUAUGUUCCCACACAGAUAUCACACACAAUAAUCAAUCGAUUCAAUAAUUCAAUGCUCCAGUUCAGCCUUUUUCCCCAUAUUUUAUUAGCGCCACUGUUCAGUGUAUUAAAAUCUAUUAGUAAGGCUGUUUCAAAAUUUAAAAUAUGGUUGUGCAUUUGGAUUAGAAGCAUGCUUUCUUUUAUCUGGAGUUUUCUCAGCACUCGCUGCCACUUGCUGUUACAAUCAGGAUCCAAAUUUCUAUACCUGUAAUGUGCUCGACUUUGUGACAGAACUGUGUUUUGUCAGUUUUAAUGAAAAUACAUAUAUUUUUGAGCUGUUUGGGCUCACACUGAUAUGCAAAGAGCUGGCUCUAUUGGCAUGUAGGCUAACAAUACCUUACCCUGUUCUCUCUCUCUUGCACGCACGCACACACACACACGCACACACCACCUACCAUCUACCAGCUUGGAUUCCAGUGUGUCAGACUUCCAGGGAAACGCAGCCUUUUUGUUUUUAUUAUGAGUCGCGAGCUAUGAUCCUGCUGUCUGAGUCGAUAUCAGCGCUUGGUUCACUGAUGGAAGCUGGAUGUCAGUGUUCAGGUCAGGAAUCAGGAUACAACACCGAGCCAGGGCCAAGGCUUUAGCAAAAUCUACCUAACGACUCAUUUCAUUGUUAUUUUACUUGCAGCUGUUUUGCAGCAUACAUAGACAAUGUGUGAUUAUUUUUGUUGUUUGACAAUGUUGCUUGUCUUUAAUUUUGAUCACUAGGUGUGCGAGGAGUGAAUACACAGUAUACACAUUCAGAUAGUUUUUACUUUGAGAAGAUGUUUGCUCUUGUGCCAAAUGUGUCAAUGCAAUAAGGUCUUAUACACUGUGGAGUUCUCAACCUAUCCUGUGAUUUGAUUCUUUAUGGGCUGAGGCUCUGUAUGGGAGAGGCUUCAUCUGCUGUGGUGCAUCCUAACUCCGAACACCCAAAAGUUUACACUGUAUUGACAAGCCUUCUGUACUGAGUCAUUCAGCAGACCGUAUAGUGUACACUUGUAGCUGAUUCAGAUUUACAGGAAGUAGCAGGGGAAAAUGAACAGGAAUUGAGUUAAUUUUGCCCCGUGUAUAUUUAUCAGCUUAUAGUUUUUGCUUCUGUCAAAGAAUUCAUGAAAGAAAAGCCUUUUACUGUUAAUGAGAUUAAGUGAACUUUGCUUUAUAAAUGAGACCUUCAUGUGAUCUUUUACCAUUUGAAUUUUCUUUUGAGUCACAAGUUUUCUUUGGGUGGGGUGUAAGCCUAUGUGGGUCCUGAUUACUGACUGAUUAUUGUAACUGCUGCAAAUAAAAUAAGUACUUUAUUUCUGGCA